AUGGCCUUGCUCCUGGUGGCCUUGCUCACAUUCCUGAGCUUGGGCUCAGGAUGUCAUCAUCGGAUCUGUCACUGCUCUAACAGGGUUUUCCUCUGCCAGGAGAGCAAGGUGACAGAGAUUCCCUCCGACCUCCCCAGGAAUGCGGUUGAACUGAGGUUUGUUCUCACCAAGCUUCAAGUCAUCCCAAAAGGAGCAUUUUCGGGAUUUGGGGACCUGGAGAAAAUAGAGAUCUCGCAGAAUGACGUCUUGGAAGUGAUAGAGGCAGAUGUGUUCUCCAACCUGCCCAAACUACAUGAAAUUAGAAUUGAAAAGGCCAACAACCUGCUAUACAUCGACCCUGAUGCCUUCCAGAACCUUCCCAACCUCCGAUAUCUGUUAAUAUCCAACACAGGUAUUAAGCACUUGCCAGCUGUUCACAAGAUUCAAUCUCUCCAAAAGGUUUUACUAGACAUUCAAGAUAAUAUAAACAUCCACACAGUUGAAAGAAAUUCUUUCGUGGGGCUAAGUUUUGAAAGUAUGAUUCUAUGGCUGAGUAAGAAUGGGAUUCAACAAAUACACAACGGUGCAUUCAACGGAACCCAACUAGAUGAGCUGAAUCUAAGUGAUAACAAUAAUUUGGAAGAAUUGCCUAAGGAUGUUUUCCAGGGAGCCUCUGGACCAGUCAUUCUAGAUAUUUCAAGAACCAGGAUCCAUUCCUUGCCUAGCUAUGGCUUAGGAAAUCUUAAGAAGCUGCGGGCCAAGUCAACUUACAACUUAAAAAAGCUCCCCAGUCUGGAAGCUUUUGUCACAAUCGUGGAGGCCAGCCUCACCUACCCCAGCCACUGCUGCAUCUUUGCCAACUGGAGGCGGCAGAUCUCUGACCUUCAUCCAAUUUGCAACAAAUCUAUCUUAAGGCAAGAAGUUGAUGAUACGACUCAGGCUAGGGGUCAGAGAGUCUCUUUGGCAGAAGAUGACGAGUCCAGCUACGCCAAAGGAUUUGACAUGAUGUACAGUGAAUUUGACUAUGACUUAUGCAAUGAAGUGGUGGACGUGACUUGCUCCCCCGAGCCAGAUGCAUUCAGUCCAUGUGAAGACAUCAUGGGGUGCGAUAUCCUCAGAGUCUUGAUAUGGUUUAUCAGCAUCCUGGCCAUCACUGGGAACACCCUAGUGCUCGUGGUCCUGAUCACCAGCCAAUACAAACUCACAGUCCCCCGGUUCCUUAUGUGCAAUUUGGCCUUUGCCGACCUCUGCAUUGGAAUCUACCUGCUGCUCAUAGCAUCAGUUGAUAUCCACACCAAGAGCCAGUACCACAACUACGCCAUUGACUGGCAAACUGGAGCAGGCUGUGAUGCUGCCGGCUUUUUCACUGUCUUUGCCAGUGAGCUCUCAGUCUACACUCUGACAGCCAUCACGCUGGAAAGAUGGCACACCAUCACCCAUGCCAUGCAGCUAGAACGCAAAGUACAGCUCCGCCAUGCUACCAGCGUCAUGCUGGUGGGCUGGAUCUUUGCUUUUGCAGUCGCCCUCUUUCCCAUCUUUGGCAUCAGCAGCUACAUGAAGGUGAGCAUCUGCCUGCCUAUGGAUAUUGACAGCCCCUUGUCACAACUGUAUGUUAUGUCCCUCCUUGUGCUCAAUGUCCUGGUCUUUGUGGUCAUCUGUGGCUGCUACACUCACAUCUACCUCACGGUGAGAAACCCCAACAUUACGUCCUCCUCUAGUGACACCAAGAUCGCCAAGCGCAUGGCCAUGCUCAUCUUCACCGACUUCCUCUGCAUGGCGCCCAUCUCCUUCUUUGCCAUCUCUGCCUCCCUCAAGGUGCCCCUCAUCACUGUGUCCAAGUCAAAGAUCCUCCUGGUCCUGUUCUACCCCAUCAACUCCUGUGCCAACCCCUUCCUCUAUGCCGUCUUCACCAAGAACUUCCGCAGGGAUUUCUUCAUUCUGCUGAGCAAGUUUGGCUGCUAUGAAAUGCAAGCCCAGACCUAUAGGACAGAAACCUCAUCCACUGCCCACAACUUUCAUCCAAGGAAUGGCCACUGCCCUCCACCUCCCAGGGUUACCAAUGGUUCCAAUUACACACUUAUCCCCCUAAGCCAUUUAGCCCAGAACUAA